CAUCACCUCCCCUCCCCUCCCCUCACCACCCAGCAGCCAGCGCCCCAACACCGUGGAGGUCGUCUACGUGAACGGCAGCAGACAGCUCCUGAACCCCUCCCCGCCAGGCAUCACGACGCUGCCCUUCAGUGCCUACAGCCCGGCAGGAGAGGCUUCGGGGUGUGUCGUGUACGGGUUCUUCGGGCGGCGGGAAGACCUCAGCAUCCUACAGUCACGCAAGGUCACGCUGAGAGGCUGCAUCUUGCUCCUGAGACACGGCGAGAUAACCACAGGAGCCAAGGUCCGUAACGCCGCCCAGGCUGGAGCGUCGGCUGUGCUGGUGUACCCCGACCCAGCUGACGGGCUGGACGCGGAGGCCUACCCCGAGGGGCCGGGCCUGCCUGGGGACGGGGUAUUGUGGGAGAGCCUCGCCACCACCCCGGGGGACCCCACCACGCCCUUCACCCCCAGCCUGCCACACGUCUACAGGCGGGACCGGGCGCACCAGCCGCUGCCUCGCAUACCCGCUCAAGCCAUCAGCGCAGAGGUGGCGCAAACGAUCUUCAAGCUCUUGGCGGGCCCCGAGGUGCCUGCCGGCUGGGCGGGGGGAGUGGCGGCGCCCUACACGCUGGGCGGCUCAUGGGGCACCGACGCUGGCAUCAGGGCCGUUACCAUGACCGUCAACAACGUGGUGGAGCGGCAGGAGAUCAAGAACAUCCACGCGACCAUGCCGGCCUCGGACGAAUCCAGGGUGGUGAUGGUGGGCUGCCACUACGGGUCGCUCCAAGGCCGCGGCCACACCGCGGCGGGUCUGGGCGCCCUGCUGGCCCUCAGCGACGCCUUGGCCAAGAGCCACCUGCCGCGGGGGACGCAGAGGAAGGUGAUCUUCAGUGCCUGGGCCAAAGGGGAGGACGGCAGCCUCGGCUCAACGGAAUUCACGCAGCUGCACGCGUGGUGGGUGGAGUCCUCGGUGCUGGCCUACCUCGACCUGGACUCCCUGGUGCGGGGGACGGGCGCCUUGCGGGUGGGCGCAUCCCCGGCGCUGCGCGAGACCAUCCGGGAGGCGGCCAGGCAGGUACCGUGGCCCGGGGCAGAAGGGCGCCGCGGAAUGACGGUGCGUGACGGAUGGCGGAGGGCGGACCCGGAACACAGGGACGACGUGCACUUCCAUAACCUUGGCUCCGGCAGCGACACCGUCAGCUUCACGGCGCAGCACGGGGUGCCCUCUGCUCGCUUCGCCGUCGUGGGCUCUGAGACGGAGAGCAACACGUACCCGCUCCAACACUCCCAGUACGAUGGCCUGGACGCCCACACCCGCCUGCUGGACCCCACCCUGGCCUGGACCCACAUGAUUACCUCCCUGGUGGGCGCCACGACGCUGGUGCUGAGCGAGAGCGAGGUGCCGCCACUGCUGCUGAGCGAGCUGGGCGGCGACCUCUACAACGGCUGGGAGGAGUUCGUCGGCCGCCACGAGGAAACGCUGGCACACUCCGGGUACAACUUCACCGCGAUCCUGGACGCCAUCGAGCAGGAGAUCCUGACGCUGGUGGACACGCUCACCGUCCUGGACACGUGGUACAAAGCGAGGCCCUUCUACGUGAGGCCCUACCCGCAGCACUACCCCGGCGAGGACCACAGGAGACAGGUGGAGCAGCGGCUGUGGUGGCUGGCCAACCUGGAGCGUGGCCUGCUGGGGCCCCGCGGAGUCGGCCGGGCCUUCACAACGCACCUCACGCUGGGACCCGACCCUGAGAACCCCGAUCAUCCGCUGCACUUCCCGCACGCCGCCGCCGCCAUCACGAGCGCCCUGCUCCACAACACAUCCUGGGGCGCCGUGCACCAAGAGCUCUCCUACGUCCUCGCCGCCCUCGCCUCCUACAGACAGCUCUUCCCCAGCGACCUUUCCGGGGAGGCGGCAGGAUACAAUAUAUAGUGCUCACCAAAACACAAAAAAAACGUAUUAUUUGA